AUGAGGUGCAACGUCUUGGUCCUCUUGGCCUUGACGAAUGGCCUUGCUCAGGCCGCUAGCAUUGGCCGGCACGAAGGUUCCGUCGGGGCCCAUGGGCAUACACAUGGCAGCUCCUCCGACCCAGUCGUCAAGGCCGCCGUCAAAGCUGAAGCUGAUGGCAACCAACUUGAGCACGAGGCCAUAGCCCGAAUCAAGAACAAGGGCAAGGACCAACGUGUUGAUCUUCUCAUCAAGAACCCUGCGGGAAAAGGCGAGACUCUGACGGCGGAAGUGUUUACCCCCGGCACCAACCAGAAGGACCAGAAGGAUCUCAUCGCCAUGGCUCUAAGCAUCACCAUAGCGGUCAUCAUCAUCAUGACUCUCAUCAUCACCACAACCACACUGGACAUCACCACCACGGCCAUAAGCACGGUCAUCAUCACGGCCACGGUCACGCUCAUGAACAUGGCCACCGACACGGCCACGGACAUGGUCACGUACAUGGGCAUGAACAUGGUCAUCGACACGGUCACGGGCAUGAGCAUGGCCACGGGCACGAGCACAGUCAUGGCCACAGGCAUGGACACCACCACGGGCAUGGCCAUGAUCAUGGACAUGAACACGGACAUGACCACAGGCACGGUCAUCACCAUCAUCAUGGACAUCAUCACCAACAUGACCAUGGACAUCAUCACCGCCAUCGUCACGGUCAUCAACACGGUCAUGGCCAUAGCCAUGGUCACAGCCAUGGGCAUAAUGAGCAUCAUCGACACCAUGAGCACCAUGGCCAUCACCAUGGACAUGGUCACGGACACCAUCAUAGUCAUCACGGCCACCAUAGUCAUGAUGCCAGUCAUCACGGAGGCCAUCACGGUGGCAACCAUGCUGGAGCUGGUACAGGUCACAACAACCAUCAUGGACAUCAUGGAGGCCAUGGCGUACCAUGAGCACACAUACUACACCACUCAUGAGCCUACACUGAGGGCCGACUGCUCUGGUGGAAGAUGCAACCGCAAGCCCUGCUGCAAGUGCAAUGGCCACUGGGCCCAGCCUGGCUGCUGGCACUGCAAGAAUCAUCAGGAGUUCCCUGGAGACAGCUGUCCUACCACCACCACUACCACCAACACUCGUUUCAGCACCAGGUACUCGACUACCACCCGCACCGGCGCUCCCACUUACACCACCACGACAAAGCGCAAGUAUACCACCUCGACCAGGACCUACUCACGCAAGAGCACCACCACUAUUGCCCCUCAAAUCACCAAGGCUCCCGAGGCCAAGGGUGGCAAGUCAGGAGACGAAGCCAAGGGCUUCGAGGCCCCCAACUGGCAGCCAAAGAAGGAUGGCAAGGGCUACAAGGUCCCAGAAGGUUACGAUGGCCCCAUUCCUAAGAAGAAGGAGAAGGAGGCAGCCCAGGAGGUCAUUUUGGAGAUCUGCGCCAAGAUCGAGAAAGGAGAGUACAAGUCUGACAAUGUCUGUGAGAAGAUCAAGGUGGAGUACAAGGGCGAGUACAAGGAUGAGGACAUUUGCGAGAAGGUCAAGCAUUGUCCAGUCUAUGGCAAGGCCCCUGCUCCUGCUCCUGCUCCUGCUCCUGCUCCAGCCCCUGAAGACAUUUGUGAGAAGGUCAAGAAGGGGUACUACAAGCAUGAGGAAGUUGUCUGUGAUAAGAUCCGAAAGGGACUGUACACGGGUGACUACAAGGAGGAGCACUUCUGCAAGAAGAUCAAGCACUGCCUACCCCCUAUUGUCCCUGCUCCGGCUCCAGCUCCAGCUCCUGCGCCAGCUCCUGCACCCGCUCCGGCUCCAGUCCCCGAGGACAUUUGCGAGAGAGUCAAGAAGGGGUAUUACAAGCGCGAGGAAGUUGUUUGUGAUCAGAUCCGAAAGGGUUUGUACACAGGUGACUACAAGAAGGAGGAACCUUUCUGCAACAAGAUCAAGCAUUGCCUGCCCUACUACGCUCCUACUCCUAGGGAGGACAUCUGCGAAAGGGUCAAGAAGGGAGACUACAAGCGCGAGGAAAUCAUUUGCGUCCAGAUCCAGAGGGGCCAGUAUGCGGGCGAUUACAAGAAGGAUGAGGUUGUCUGUGAGAAGAUCAGGCACUGCCUGCCGUAUCAUGCCCCAGCCCCAGCCCCGAUUCCUGCUCCCAUUCCCGCUCCCGCUCCCGCUCCCAUCCCCGCGCCUGCUCCUAAGGAGGACAUUUGCGAGAGGUACAAGAAGGGCGAGUACAAGAAGGAAGAGGACGUCUGCGUGAGGAUCCAGAAGGGCGAGUACAGGGAGGAGUACAAGAAGGAGAAGGAUGUCUGCGAGAAGAUCAAGCCUUGCCAAGAGCAUCACUACUACAAGGCCCCUGCUCCUGCCCCUAUCCCUGCUCCUGAGAAGUACAAGUACGAAGUCAAGCCAGAGGUCGUCUACAAGUCUGAGGAGAAGUUCUACAAACCAGAGGAGAAGAUCAUCUACAAGGAGGAAGAGAAGGUCGCUUACAAGCCGGAGGAAAAGGUUGUCAUCAAGCCUGAGGAGAAGAUUGUCGUCAAGCCCGAGGAAAAGGUCAUCAUCAAGCCAGAAGAGAAGCCUGCUCCUGCUCCUGCCCCGGUCCCCGCCCCGGCUCCAAUUCCGGCUCCAAUUCCGGCCCCCGCUCCCAAGCCCGCCGAGGAAAAGCCCGUCGCCAAGCCGGAGGAGAAGAAGCCAGAGGAGAAGAAGCCGGAGGAAAAGAAGGUGGCCCAUGUCACUCCGGAAGAGAAGAAGCCUCCUUCCGAGGGCAACGCUUCUUCUGGAGGUAAGACGUUCCGUGAUGGCGAUGACAACCCCCCGGACGUCCCGUUGACCGUAUCCACCUCAGCAUCGAGCCACGCCGCCACCAUCUCGACCGCCGGUGCCUUUUUCUUUGUCGUCGUCAAUCUGCUCCUGUGA